AAUGUUCGAAUGGAUAUGCUUGAUAUGCAUAUAAGCCAGCCUGUUAUGAAAAUUUUGAGAUGGUCGUUUAGUGAUGUUAUUCAUGCUUGUGCACGAUUAAGAAAUGGUGGCUUGGCAGAACAGUUGAUCCUACAGAUGCAAAAAUUUGGGUUGCAACCGUCAAGCCAUACAUAUGAUGGCUUUGUCAGAGCAGUUACUUCUGAGCGAGGUUUCAGUAGUGGAAUGGAAAUUUUAAGAAUUAUGCAGCAGAGAAAUUUGAAGCCGUAUGAUUCUACUCUGGCAAACCUUUCUAUAGGUUGCAGCAAAGUGCUAGAAUUGGAUUUCGCUGAGGCUCUGCUGGAUCAAAUAUCUGAAUGUUCAUAUCCACAUCCUUUCAAUGCUUUUCUUGCAGCAUGUGACAUGGUGCAACAUAGUGGCUAGAACCACAUUUACCGAAUUUGAGAUGGAGUGGGAGAGCCUUGGAGAGAGCCAUAGAGAGGGAGCCAUGGAGAGAAAGAGCCAUGGGAGCUUUGAAAUUGGGUCAGAAGUGGAGAGGAAGACAUUGGGUCCUUCAA